AUCAUGGCCAACCAACAGAACAGAAGGCCAAAGGGUACAGUCACAACUCAGUGAGAUAAAAACACAACAAUUUUUCAGUCAGCCAUACAGCAGCCCCGCGUAUGAAAGAUGAUUUUCAUUCGCAAAAGUUAUGGAUUAUAAAUACAUGGUUAUGGAUCAUUUUGGUGUAUAUUAGUGUGGAAUCUCGGCUGGCAUAAGUCUACUAUAUAAGAAUUUACUUUCAUGUCAUUAUUCCGAUGUCUGCUACGUCUCUGUGCUGCUACAACAGCUGAAACAACACUUCUGAUCUGUUUUGUUUAGCUGACACCUUCUGAUCUCAGCGUGACUGCUGAUAUAAUUUGAAUUACGUACAAACACAGAGAGAAACAUUUGUUACUCAGCAGUCAUUCAAAACCAAAGUUCCUCAAGAACAGAUCUGCGGAAGUCUUCAAAUCUCUUACAUAUUCCUAUGACAACAAGAAACGAACAUGUACGAAACCCGAAGAUGUCUGGCUCAGUGAGUGAAAGGUCGAAGGACCCGGCGGAGGAGAGCUUUCCGCUGCUCUUGCAGAUCCUCGAAGAAGAGAGGCUUCCGGAACACGGACGAGGGAAAGAAACGAGUCGCUACAAAAGAGUCAACGUUGGGGUCGCGAUGCUCAUGGGCAAGUGGCCGGAAUACGUCACAGCAGGGUGCAUUUUCGCUGCGGUUCUAUCAAUAGUCACUAUUCUAACAAUCACCAUGAUCGCCACAGUUCUAAUCAUCACUAUGUUACACAGCAACACGACACAUGAACUGGUGACAAGAAGGGAAUCAGCACUUCUAGGCACAGAAACACCUUGCGACUACCAACAAGAACAGAAAUUACUGAAUAAGAGUACAAAAGCAUCCAGUUACAAUAUUUUUAACUUAAUCGGUACGCAGUCUCCAUCAUCUCUUGAAGGACCGAGAGAGAAGAUCAGUGUGACGGGUAUGCCAAUAUCAACAAAUCAUAAAGUAUUCUUUGUUAAGACUGAUUAUAUUUUAUCACCACAUCACCUAUGCGCUGUUGAAUCUGCUGCUAAAUUUAUGUCAAAUUACAAGUUUUAUCUAAUAAUACUCUCGACGAAUAACACAAAAACUAAUCCAAAAUCAGACAAAAGAUUCAAUGAAUUGUUAAAUUCAUAUCCAAAUCUCAAACAAUUUCAUUUAAAAGAUGAUAAAUAUUUUCAUGAUUCACCAAUUGGAAGCAUCCUUCAUACGAGUAAUUUUUCACCAUCACUUAUCGUAUUUGCUGCAAGGAUUUUAACACUGUGGCGAUAUGGUGGCAUCACCUAUGAUCUAAAUCUUGUCACUCUAGACAACAACCCUUCCAGAGCAACAUAUCCAAUUCCUAGUGAUGAUGACAUCAUGAUUUCAAGGGACAGCGGUACUGUAAUGAGUGUUAGAUUGCAAUGCCAUGCAUUUCUGUAUCAUAUGAUGAUGUCACUGACUUCACUCAAUGCAAACCAAUAUAAAUGUCGUGGCACGCCAAUAUCUAGCAAUAAUGUGAUACAUCACGCUUUGAAAAAUUUCUGUUACAAUACGGCUAAAAAAUCUGAGUCUACAAUUGUGUCUCAAGAAGAACCACAUAAAAUUUGCAAGGGAAUAUCAGCCAUGCCACAUUCCAUGAUCUGCACACAGCCUGAAGAAAGGAUGUCAGGAAACGGCAAAUGUGUUUGGGCUUCAAGUAAUGAAAGAAAUCUUCAUUUUCGAGAACAUCUCUGUCCUGUCGCAUAUCGUCAAUACACAACAACAACAAAAAUCCAAAAUUAAAAGAAUCACGUCACAUAAAAUGAGACAAAAACAUCCUGAUUAAUACCUCAGUGGUACGUACAAUUUACUUAAAUAUUCAAUAACUUCAUUCUGCCCACAGACUGUAUUUAUGGGUAUCGUAUGAUUCUCAGAGUAAUCAGCAGUUAUUUCCUUAAACAGCAUUAACCAAUUGUAAGAUUUGAGGUUUUCACAGCGGUGAGUAUGAAGA